GUGAAAAGAUCCUCCGAGCUCCGCCUGCACUACUUCCAGCUGCAUGCCGGGAAGGGUCAUGCCGGCUCGAGGUGAGGUUUGUUUUGCAGGGUCGGCCAUUUCUGCGGGCUGCUGAAGGAAGGCGGAGUUGGGACGAUGUCUGGCCUCAAACAGCCUUCAGACAACGACGCCUGGGCGCUCCUGGCGCUCAAAUCGGCGCCGGCGAGCCCGGCUAGAGUCGCCUGGAACCCUGAGGAACCCAGGGGCACGGCGAUCGCCCGCAUCGAGGGCCGCGAGUUCGAGUAUCUGAUGCGGCAGGGCAGGAUCACGGUGGGGAGGAACUCCAGCCAGGGCGCCGUGGAUGUCAACAUGGGGCACUCCUCAUUCAUCUCCAGAAAACACAUCGAGAUCUUCUACGAGCCUCCCAACUUCUUCAUGAGCUGCCUGGGGAAGAAUGGCGUGUUCGUGGACGGAGUUUUCCAGCGGAGAGGCGCCUCGCCACUGCAGCUCCCCAAACAGUGUGUGUUCCGGUUCCCCAGCACCAACAUAAAGAUCGUGUUCCAGUCCAUGGUUGACGAGGUGAACCCCCAGCCGCCCCCACCCCCACCGCUCCCCUCCCCACCCAAGAAGAAACCGGAGCUGGCGCCGCUCAAAAUCAACAUUCCCGAUCCAAACACGGACUUCGGAAGCCCCUUCCCGUCGCCCACGGGAACCAUCAGCGCCAUGAACUCGGCGCCCUCUAGCCCCCAGGGAGGGCACUGCAGCUGGACCGCGCCCCACGCUAGCGGGCCGCCCCAGGGUGGGCCCACCCGGGACUGCGCUGCGAACUCGGCGCCCUCCAGCCCGCGUAGCCGGACCAGCACCCACAAGGCGAGCGUGGCCCAGGCGUUACAGCGAGCGGCGGAGUACGCGGCAGCCGCCAUGGAAGAAAAGGAGGGUCAGUCCACAUCGGAAGAAAGCGGGGCCCAGGUGAGGGACAACUCCAAGCCUCCGUACUCGUACGCUCAGCUGAUCGUCCAGGCCAUCACGUCCGCGAACGACAAGCAGCUCACUCUCUCCGGGAUCUACGCUCACAUAACAAAGAACUACCCCUACUACAGAACGGCAGACAAGGGCUGGCAGAAUUCAAUUCGCCACAACUUGUCGCUGAACCGCUACUUUAUCAAAGUUCCGCGGUCGCAGGAGGAGCCUGGAAAGGGCUCGUUCUGGAGAAUAGACCCGUCGUGCGAGGCCAAGCUGACGGAGCAGGCCUGGAGACGCAGGCGCCAGCGCGGAGUGCCGUGCUUCAGAACACCCUUCGGAGGAGGACUCUCCUCAAGGAAAAGCACGGAAGGACAAGAGAGGUCCGCGCCCUCCUCGCCUACUCACCACGCGCCUCCCCACUAUCUCACCACCAGCGGAACCUUCACGCCAGACUCCCUCUCGCGCGAGGGGUCCCCCAUCCCGGAGGACGUCACCACGGCGCCCGUAACCACGGCGAUGCCGGACCAGCUGAAGCAGGUGGUGAUGACGCAGGACGGCUCGGUCAUCGCGCAGGCGGUCUCCACGGCAACCGGCGCGGGGCCCGGCGUGAUCCAGCCUACUUCUCAUCCCACCACCGUCAUCACGCAGGCGUCCCAGCAUGCACUGCCCUCCGCCGCACAGCUGGUGUCCGCAGCGCAGUCCGUGCUGGCAGCCCAGGGCACGGCGACGGCGCUCCACCCCGCCUCCACGCUGACCACGGUUCCCGUGGCGAUGCACCACAUGCCCACGGUCAUCAGCCAACCAAAAUCCUACACUGCCACCUCCAUAUCCACCUCGGCCAAUGGGAGCGCGGUUCAGGACAGGGCGGGCUCCACCAAUGGCGUGCCAGAUAAUGAGGAAGGAGGAAGGUACCCAAACUAUCGCUGGACUCUUGCAGGUCCGGGCAAGCUGCCCCUGGGCCCCGGGACGUACCACCUGCCAGGCGGGAAGGGGGAGGGGCAGCACUCCGGUCCCUCCGGCCCAGCCACAGGUAUGCAGCCUUGGGGCACAUCGCCGCUGUCCCUCCUGGCCACCUCGGCCGCCAACAUCUCCGCCAUCCCGAGCAAACGAGCGCACGAGGGCGCGCCCGAAGACAGCGACGAAACCAAGAGACAAAAGCUGGCGGCGGGCGGCGGCGCGGAGUGAACCCGGCCGGUCUCCACCUGUACCUCUCCCUCUCCAUGGAACCAGAUUAGUUGUUUUCCCAGCUUGUAGCGAGCGACUCGCGCCGCCCUCGCGUGAGCGGCAUGGUAACCAUAGCAACCACCCUAGCGACGCAGACGGUGGAAAUGGUUCUUUCCCGGCGUGGACGUGCUUGUGUCUCCGUCCGCGCUGAACUGAAAUCAGUAAAAUUGAAUUCCUUCUCCUGUAGUAGACUCGACGUUAGACAGCUAACAGCAUGGCCGAAACCGCGGGAACACUCUGGCAGGGAUGGAAGGAACGAUAGAAUAGCUCUGGGGAGAGAUGCAGGUUUUCCAGCUACUUUGGUAGACAUUUUGAAAUGCACAGAAUAAGUAUGUGUAACACAUUGUGCAGUUUUUGGACUACUGGGAUGAUGAGAUAGCGGUUUUCUUGUGAUGAAUUUACCCCGGUGUUUUUGCAUUUCUAAUCCAUGAAGCAUAUUUACUACUAGUUAGUUAAUACCUAAACUUUACUGUGGACGGCGUCAGCUUUGAUUUACUCCAGGGCUCACCAGUUUUGUAUCGGUCAUUGUAAAAACAGACAAUUUGCAAUAUUAUGAUGUAUUAUUUUAGUUUCUUCUUUGUUUUGAAGCUUCAUGAAAGGUGCUUUGUUUGGCAACUGCUGCUCACUAGCGCCUCCUUGCAGCACUGGCCGAAACUGCACCCACUUUAUUUCUGUAGGAUUGGAUGAUUGGUGGAAAUGCUUUGAAGAAAAAUGGCAUUUCACAACUUUAUUUUCCAUUUUUGUUGAUUAAUUUCAUCGGAAAAAAAUAUUACAGAAGGCUAAACAACUUCCAUAUUACUGAUGGCAUCCCUCCGUGUGUUAAGUUUGUUUGUCUGUCAAAAAAUUAUGUUCUCUGAAAAUUAAGAAUUUUUCCAGUUUUUCGUCAGGAUUAGGGUGUCCAGGGGAUGUCAUCCGUAAAAUGUUUUUGGUUUGGCCUCGUUCAAGGUUUAUCUGCUACCGGCCAAGUCUGUAUAUUUCGUUCUUAAAAUGUCAGGAUUUUUUUAAGAAAAGAAAUAAGGAAAGGGGAGAUUAGGUCAACUUGCUCCUUCUAACAGGUGUUAACCCUGGUGAUCGGUUUCUUAUGUCUUACUGUAACUUUGUCAUAAUAGAUUCCUUCACAAGAACAGCUGGUAGAAUUAGCCUAGAAGAAAUUUGUCCACCUGAGUUUCACAGCCUUUAUACAAACCAAAUACUGUAGACAGCAGGGUCAGUAUACUGGCACAGUUAGCUCACUUAGUCAGGGUAUGAUAACAGAAACACAUGUAUGACAGGUUAAUUUGUUAGUGAUUAUACAUGUAAGCCUUCCCGUGGAAGGUGGUUAUUUUUUAAUUACUGAACCUCCCCCGGAAGAUCGGGGAUCGAUCAGUAUAUAUGCAGUCUGGGGUGGAGACAUGAUGUACCGUGCCUGGACGAAUUUAAAGGGACAAUUUACUAAUAGGGAAAAAAAAAUGCUGAAAAAAUAUAGCUUUGUAGGAUGCAGUUUCCUUGGGCUAUUUGCAUAUUGACUGUUCCUUUGCUAAGGGGAGGGGGGUUGGACAUGUGACCAGGUUGCCUAGCAACUGGGAUGAUUGACAGCAUCCAGGGCAGUACCGAUGCUAGGAGUAUUUCUAGGGUUUUCUGUUGGUCUAAAGUGGUGAUAUUUCUUGUUUUUUGUCUUAACUUGGCUGAGAUAAAAGGAAAUGAAAUUUUUGUGGUUGAGAGAAAGAUUAUUUAGGUCCUGUGUAGCGUAUGAUGAAUAAUAAUGUGAAAAAGGCUCGGAGAGCCGCCUAAUACACAACUAGCGUCACAAGUUCAGGUUCAAGUGUCUUAAUGAAGAUGGACUCCUGUGUUACCACGGCAUAAUCAGGGUAGGCUAGCGAACCUGAUCACGACUCGUCCAGAAUAAUGCCAAAUCAACUCGCUUCACGUGGGGCUCUGUACCGCCCUCCGCAGAAUCAUUAAAUAUUUUAUAGCAA